AGCACAAGUGUUGGUCCACGAAGGCAAGGAGCGACGAAAGUCCGAGACGAAGGCACGAGUGACAAAGUCUUGAUCUCGUGCGGAGUGAAGGUUUUUCUGGUUCGGGGAGGGCAGCGAUGGCGGGUGGUGGCCGUCGUACUGGUCCGUCGCCGGCGAGGCUGGCGCUGAUGGUGCUGCUUCUCGCGGCGGCGGUUGCGGCGGAGGCCAAGGUGGUGCACGUGGAGGAGCCGCACCGGCGGAGCAUGCUGGCCAAUGGCCUCGGCUCGGCACCUCCCAUGGGGUGGAACAGCUGGAACCACUUCCAGUGCGACGGCAACGGCGAGGUGGUCAUCAGGGAGACCGCUGACGCACUCGUGUCGACCGGGCUCGCUGCUCUCGGCUACAAAUACGUCAACAUCGAUGACUGCUGGGCAGAGCCAAAACGUGAUGCAAUGGGCAAUCUGGUGGCCAAUACCAACACGUUCCCGCACGGGAUCAAGGCGCUCGCGGAUUACGUCCACAGCAAGGGGCUCAAGCUCGGGAUUUACUCCGACGCCGGGUUCCAGACCUGCGCCAAGGUCCAGCCGGGCUCCCUCGGCCAUGAGGAGCAGGACGCCAAAACUUUCGCGGCAUGGGGAGUCGAUUACCUCAAGUACGACAACUGCAACAACGGCGACCUCAAGCCGCUGGAGAGGUACCCUGAGAUGAGCAAGGCCCUGAUGAAGGCGGGCAGGCCCAUCUACUUCUCGCUGUGCGAAUGGGGCGACAUGCACCCGGCGCGGUGGGGCGCGGCCUACGGUAACAGCUGGAGGACCACCAACGACAUCGCCGACACCUGGGAGAGCAUGAUCGCAACGGCGGACCAGAACGAGGUGUGGGCGGAGUACGCGCGCCCCGGCGGCUGGAACGACCCGGACAUGCUGGAGGUGGGCAACGGGGGGAUGAAGAACAACGAGUACGUCGUGCACUUCAGCCUGUGGGCGAUCUCCAAGGCGCCGCUCAUCAUCGGCUGCGACCUGAGGCACAUGCCGCAGGAGACGUACGACAUCCUGGCCAACAAGGAGGUGAUCGCCGUCAACCAAGAUCCGCUCGGCGUGCAGGCGAAGAAGGUGAGGAUGGAGGGGAGCAGCGAGAUCUGGGCGGCGCCGCUGUCGGACUACCGGACGGCGGUGGUCCUGCUGAACCGGCACGCGACGGACGAGGCCACGAUCACCGCGCGCUGGGACGACAUCGGCCUCCCUGCCGGCACCGCCGUCGAGGCCAGGGACCUGUGGCUGCACAAGACGCUGGACACCGCGUUCACGGACAAGAUGGCGUUCGACGUCGCGGCGCGGUCGUGCAGGAUGUUCGUGCUCAAGUCCAGGCUCCGGUAGAAGCAGAGCGCGGCGGCCCCGGUCCCGUGGACGGCGCACGAUGCCGGUCGGCGGAGAUGACGUGGCGUUGGUAGAUAUUGGGCGAUUUGCUCGUACUGCUACUUGCAUAAAUGCCUAUUAAGGAUCAGGGAUUUAAGAAUGUGUUCCUUUUAGGGGACGAUGAUAUACUUGUAGUACUGUACUAUACAUUUUUUUUUAGACCUAGUACUGUAGUAUACAUGACUUUGCACACUGGUACCGGUGGGCCUUCUUUACCACGGCCGACGAUACCUUGAAGCAAAAAGCCGGGCUGAAUCCGGGCCGAGAACGCCCGAUUUGGCGGCCCAUGGGCUGUUGAAACGAAGUUA